AGGGGUCUCUUUUCUAAGAUGGUCACUGAUCCCAUAAAAUAAAUCAGUCUCUGCCAGCGAUAGUGUCCUGCUCAAGCUAACAGACAUGUCGGAAUUUCUGGAGGACCCGUCUGUGCUCACUAAAGAUAAGCUUAAAAGUGCACUGCUGGCCCAUAGUGUGGUUCUGCCGAACGGCGACCAGAAGAAGGACGUGUACGUGCAGCUGUACUUGAAGUAUCUGACCGCGCAAAACAAAAAGAGCAGCGGCUCUCCGGAUGUCUUCUCCAGCGACGAGGAACUGCCUCCUGCCCCCGUGGUCUCCAACAGGAGCCGCUCUGGCAGGAAAGCCACCAGGAAAACAGACAAAGUUCGUCCAGAGGAUGUAGAUGUCACUGAACUGAGCAACGAGGCUUUGAAAGAUCUGUUACUGAAGUAUGGCCUGAUCAUUGGACCCAUUGUUGCGUCCACUCGGAAGAUUUACGAGAAGAGGCUUCAGAAGCUGUUAGAUCAAGGUCCUCCUCAGACUUUGGUCCCUCCCUCAGAGACAUCACAGACAGACGGCAGCCAGAAUGGCAACACAGACUCGGACCGGUACAGCGACAAGGAGGAAGAAACUGUAGCUCCAGCUCCUGUGUUUGUGCCCCAACCUGAACCGGAUGUAGAGGCCGAGCCGAUCCCAGUUGUGGAGAGACCGACCAGGAGCAGAGGGAAGACCCCAGUGACCAGCAGAACACGCAGUGGCCAGCACAACAGGGUUGAAAAGGUGUCGGCUAUUGAUCAGACCCCGAGGACGGUAGAGAGAGAUGUGCUUAAAGAGAUCUUUCCCAGUGAAAACCUCAGCACUCCUACUGGAAUCAGUGCCACCUGUCGCCGACCAAUCAGAGGAGCAGCUGGCCGGCCCCUGGUCGGUGAUUCAUGGUUGGAUGAAUCCCGUCUCCAUCUUAAGGAGCUCAGAGAAACCAGCUCCUCCUCCACUUACACUGAGACCCGAUCUGUCCCGCGUGUGACCGCAGUCCCUCUAACCGCUUCCAAGCCUGCGGCGCCCCCUGCUGUGAAGAGCAGAGCGCGGCGCAGCCUGCCAGUGUGGGUGCAGCUUCUGCUGCUCAGUGCAUUCGCUGGAUUCCUGUUCUUUGUCUACCAGGCCAUGGAGACUAAUGAGAUUGGACUCUUCAAGCAGAGCGGAGCAGAUGAUAGCACCAGCAAAUGAAUGUUAUGCGGAUCACCCCCCUCUUCCCUCUUUAUCGUACUCAGCCAGUACGUCUCCGCUGAUUCGGCAACCGUGGACUUUUAUCUGCGAUCUUUAUAGAUUCAUACAAAGACAGAAAACCCCAGAUUUUGCAUCAUGUCUGUUCAUACCCUCUUUCAAAUGAAGCCUGGCUUUAAUUUUAACAGUCACUUUUCUUGCCUUUGUAUAGUGUGUGUGUGUCAUUUGUACAUUAUUUUCCAGAUAAAUGUUGGUGCUGUCCAUGAAUGUGAGUAGAAGUGCUGAAGGAGUUGGCUAAAUACACUUUUUUUUUUUUUUUUUUGUUUGUAAACCACAUUUAGUGUCUACUUGUGACCAUAUUUUUGCAUUUAUUUACACAUGUAGCUCUUUAUAGGUGCCGUAUCUUAACAUUGAAGGCCCUUGUAGUAUCUGUGUAUGUUGUGGAAAUACAAAUAUUUUCAAUAAAUUUGUUGAAUAAUUUUCAGGAUCUUGGCGUUACAAGCAGUUUCAUAAAAUGUCAACAAUUAAUCUGAACAACCUAAACACUAACUGAGAGUUUGCAACAAAACUCGACUCAUCUAGUUCUCAAAUUUGAAAAAAUAUACUCUCUAAGUUUAAGUGACAUUGUAAGUCCCUGAUACUUGAUAUGUUACAUUUGUAGAACUGGACAAUGAGUAGAAUGGCCACUGUUAUGCCCUUUACUCUGCUUUUAAGAUUGAUGCAUUAACGAUUCAAUAUUCUGAAAAUAUACUUAAUUUUCAUAAGGUGCUGUAGAUUUAUGAGAGAAAGCUGGGAGCUUUCAGGUACUUUUUAUGUAUAUGCCAGAAUAUGUUUUAAUAAAGCAGUUUACCUCGUAUCA